AUGUCAUUCUUUCCAAUUCGUCGUUAUCGCUUAUUCGAUGAUCCAUUUGAUCGUUUCUUUGGUGAUCAACUUGAUUUCUUCGAUCCAUGGCGAGAUUUCGAUACAUUUCCAGCAGCUCUCUCCAUUCAACCUAAUGCAUUCCGAUGGGUCGAUGAGCCGCUUCGAUUAGCACAUCAUCAUCAUCGAAACAAUCACCCAGGAUCGACGAGACCACAUGCAGAGAAAUUUCGUGUUCAACUUAAUGUGGCUGGAUUCAAUCCAGAGUCGAUUAAAACUAAAGUCGAAGGUCGAAAAGUCAUUGUCGAAGCCAAACAAGAAGAUCGACAACCUGAUGGCGAUUUUCAUACUCGAGAACUUCGAAAAUCGUAUGAACUACCUGAACAUGCUGAUGCAACUCAUUUGGCUUCGUAUGUAACUCCAAAUAAUAUGUUUGUUAUCGAAGUACCGAUCAAAAAUCCUGAAGCAGAACAACGACUUCAACAAGCUAGUACCGACACUCAAAGUCUGGCACAAUUCGGUUCGUAUCGUGACCCAUUCUUUGAUUAUACUGGAUUCUUGGGUGGUUCCGACUUUGAACCUCGUAUUGUUGACAAAGGUAAUAAUCAAAAACAAUUGGAAUUAACUGUCGGAAUGAAAGAUUGCAAACCACAAGAAAUCAAGGUCUCGGUAAAAAACAAUGAACUUAUCGUGCAAGGUGAACAUCGACAUAAAGAUAAAAAUCGUUCUGAACGCUCGUUCUUCUUUAAAUCAACAACAUUACCACCUGGUACACAAAUCGACCAACUUCAAUCUCAUUUAACAGACGAUGGUCAAUUGAAGAUUGAAGCUCCAUUUGUUGAACAAAAGGAAACUCCAAAACCAAUUGAGGCAGAGAAAAAAGAAGGUGAUAAAUAA